GCUAUUGACACUAGAGUAGAGUUCUACUAGGGAGCAGCCAUAGAGCCUCAACACGAAAACGACCCACGGGAAACACGUCCAAGCUCUUGACCCCACGAUCCACACCAACCCAUCCACUAUUUCUACUUUGCUUCUCCACUCCACAUCUCUACGCAACAUCUCGCAACAUAAGUAACUGACACCAAUUCCCAUAAUAACGUUACAUCCCACGACCACGACGUGAGCGAGCUACGAGAAGCGAAUACCCCAGCCGCGACUUCAAUCCCAUUCUCAUCGCACUAGACUCAAACUGCUCUGAACAUCAGCACAUCCAUUCAGAUCGCCUAGCACCCUUUCACUCGUCAUCACAACCGCGACAGUAGCUAUGGCUCCACCAAAGAAGUCCACCACGACCCUCUUGAAAGAGGAGGGUCUCGAGCGCACCGACAACAGCAUGCGCACACAUUCAUGGCCGAUGAUUCCGAUGAUCAACCAGAAAAACUACUACACCGAAUACCUCAAGCGUGACGACCAGAUCAUGGUAGUGCGCGAGCAAGAAGAAGCGCUACGACUAGCCGCAGCGCAGGAGCAGGCACGUCGUCAAGGCGGUGGUGGUGGUGAAGACCCUAUGGCGACCGACGAACAGAAGGGUCCCGACGAAGUGGCCGAGGACGAGGAGGUGACGCGAUACGGAAGCAAGAUAAUCGUGAUCCACCCGGGCUCGCAGAACCUGCGCAUUGGAUAUGCUAGCGACGCCCUGCCAAAGAGUAUUCCGAACGUGAUCGCGCGCAUCGCGGAGAAGGCCGAGUUUGAAUUUGAAGAGAGGUCGCCGAAACGGAUGAAACUUGAUGUUGAUGGCGAUGUGGACAUGGACGACGAGGAUGACGAGAAAGCUAGACCCGUUGAGAAGGAUCCUGAGUUCGAUUCGCAGAUCAAUGCCAUGUCGGUCGAGCUUAAGCAGAAGAUGCGCUCAAACAAGCGACGCCUACUCCCCAGCUCUAAGGAGCAGACGAUCUCCUACAAUCGACGAACCGUGCCGGAAACAAUCAACGAACAUAAUGACCCUCAUCGAGUCGAGUGGACCGAAGUUUCGAAAGAUCAACCGAAGGAGUACUAUAUCGGCCAUGAGGCGCUCAAGAUUCCCGACACAUCGACCCCACGGUACAAACUACUCUGGCCAAUUCGGCACGGCUGGCUGAAUGAGAGAGAUUACAAGUCCAAGAGAAGGCUCAUGGAGGAUAUACAAAUCAUCAUUGAAGAGGGAAUCAAGAACGAGUUGAAACUCGAUAAGAAAGAGCUGCCGAAUUACCGUGCGGUUCUAGUGAUCCCUGACCUCUACGAGAGGAAUUACGUGGUGGACAUGGUGGAGAUGCUGAUGAGGGAGAUGCGAUUCUCGGAGAUUUGUAUAAUCCAGGAGUCCAUGGCUGCAUCUUUCGGCGCUGGGUUCUCCCUGGCAUGCAUCGUAGAUGUCGGAGCGCAGAAGACGUCCGUGUGCUGUGUCGACGAAGGAAUGUGUAUUCCGGAUUCACGGAUCAACAUCAAGUACGGCGGACACGAUGUCACCGAGCUCUUGCUCCGACUUUCUCUCCAGAACUCAUUCCCGUACAGCAAGAUCAAUCUCCGGUGCCGAUACGACUUCUUGAUCGCCGAGGAACUGAAGUGCAAGUACCUUACACUUCACGAUGGCGACGUGUCGGUUCAAACGCACGACUUUUAUCUUCGUCGGCCGGAGAAGGCCACCCAGAAAUACACAUUCCGUGUAUACGAUGAGGUGUAUCUGGCUCCGAUGAGCCACUUCAAACCCGCGCUCACCGACCACUCCCACAAACUCGCCGGCCGUCGCUCGCUGUGGGAACGCAGCUACGACAUCUACGACAACAUGCCGAAUGACCAGAUGUCUGGUGCACAGCAAGCACUAUACCAGUCACUAUCGUCAAAGCUCACCGAAGUGGCCAACGGUGCCCCCGAAGCUCCUCCUCCCCGUCCGUUCGGCGCACACCUCAACCCGGCGGACAUCACCCCCCGCUCGUCCGUUGCAGGCUCGCCGGUCCCUGAGACCACGACCCCCGUGCCCGGAGCCGCCACUCCAUCCGGACAAGGAGGAGGGCAAGGAGGUGAGGCCACAGCCAAUGGCUCGGUUGCUGGCGGUGCGUCCGCCGCGUCCGGUGGACUCACCCCUCACCAGGUGGCCAUGCGUGUGUGGGAGGAGUACGACAGCACGGUGCCCGUGAUGCCCCUCGACCGAGCUGUCAUCGACAGCAUCACGCAUGCGGCCAAGGGCGACGAGAAGAAGAUGCGCGACUUCUUUGCCGGGAUCAUGGUCGUCGGUGGCGCUGGGGCCGUGCCGGGGUUUAGAGAUACCCUCGAGGACAGGAUCCGCGGUGGCCUGGCCGGUAGGGACAUCAACAUCCUGAUUGGUGUCCCGCCGAGAGAGCUCGACAUGCAGGUCAUCGCCUGGAAGGGGGCCAGCGUCUUUGGUAAGCUGCGGCAUACUAACGACUCCUGGGUCAAGCAGAGGGAGUAUGACAUGCUGGGCAGCAGGGUGCUGACCCUGAAGUGCAUGUGGAACUUCUAGACGGAGGGGACGGAGGGAUGUAAUUUACCUACAAUAGUAUAAUCACAUGUUGGGGGCGCACUGGUUAACUGUUUGGAUGCGAAGGCACUUUUGUAGAACUGGGUAGAGGGUGUGUCAAUGAUUGCUAUCUGCUGCAUCGUGAACUAUCCGAU